UAUAGUUGUGUAAUCGCACACGCACAAGUCUCUGUAGUGAAAUACAAUAAUUAUACUGUAAUCGGUGCAGAACUUUUCACUUGCUAGCACACGUGUUUAUUUUUCUUUAGAACAGCAAUAAUUUAUAUAAAUAAAUCCUUUAGUUCUAGGCUUGCCAAGGACAUGUGAGUCUUGACAUGAUGUUGACCACUGGUUGGUAACAAUGACAGUCUAUAAAUUAGUUACUACCAUGGUCUAUUUGGCCAGAAUAUCCUGCAGUUAUAAAAACUUUAGAAUGUUUGACCUUAUCAGACUAGCAAUCAUUGUGUCUAAUGUUAACGAUCGUUGCCUAACUUUUGUAACAUAAUUUAUUUCAAAACAUCAAUGUUUCCAAUAAGUCAAAACAACAUCAUAAGAUAUCACACUUACCUGCUCAGAUGACAUGUUUUCGGAUAUCCGUCUUUUCCUUUCUUUCUUAUUAAUUUGUCCAUUCGCUCUGAUAAGAUGUUCUGUAUUCAUGUGAUCACAGAUGCAUCAACCACAUUCAUCUGCGCAGAGGAGCAGAGCCAAACCACAACCAAAACAAUGUCCUUCCGCAAGACACGUGCAGUUUUAUUUUUUAACCGCUAGAGGGCCAAAAGCUAUAUAGUGUAGUUUUAAGCUUCAGCAUCAGCUUUAGUGUUUUGUUUGAGCAUAGAUUCGUUGUUGGCUGAUUCUGUGACACUGUGCAAUUUCUUGACCACACUAUGCUUAUUUGACUUCUGCUGUCCUGCCAUCCUGUGACAUCUUUUUUGCACUGGUCAUAAGUCAGAGUACAUAGACAAGCUUAAACAUACUGACUGCUCUGGAUAUUUUUUGUAACAAGCAGGGUUCAUCUGACCAUUUAGGAGAUAAACACCAUUACAUUUCAUUCUUAGAAACUUUUACUGAGUUUUUCCCCCAAAUGUCUUAUAACCCCAUAAUAUGGUUUUGGCUACAAAUACUAUACACCUUAAAAAACUUGGAUCAGUUUUAUAAUGCAGAGGUCAGGUUUUUGGUUUAUAGGCUCCUAAAAGCUGCUCUAAAAGUGCUUAAUUUGUUCUGCUUGAUUCCACCCAUAUGAUGAGGCCUCUAACGAGACAACGUCUAGCGCGUCACUCCUCAUUGUUCUGCAGGCGUUGGAGGUUAUUCAUGAGCAAGGCAUUGUCCGGCUCCCAACAGGCAUCUCUUAAUCCGUCUGCAGCAAACAAGAAACUGAUUCACCGGGUUUUCUCUUUGGAGGGAAGGAGUUCCAUUUGCUCUUGUCAUCUUUUUUUGUUAGGUUUCAUAAAUAGAUAUGUUGGUUUUGAUGCUAAAGAUAUUCUAUUUUGUUAUUGUUUUUGGUUUGAUUUAAUGUUUUUCCCACCAUUUUUGGCAGCGAGAAUGCCUGUAAUAGGCUUAUACUGUACAGAUUUAACCGUGCAUCUGGUAUGUCCACCGAUCACAAGCAAAGUCUUUUACGUGGGCCCCUGAAAGAGGUUUUUACAGCAAAUCAGAGAGUGUAUAAAGACACUAUAUCAUAUAGUUGAUUCCAUUUUUCAUAUUAAGCAUGUACACACAAUGUGGAUUGACCUAUAUUCUCUGUGACCUGUCAUUCAAAUGUACAGUUGAAGUCAGAAGUUUACAUAAACCUUCGCCAAAUACAUUUAAACUCAGUUUUUCACAAUUCCUGACAUUUAAUCAUAGAAAACAUUCCCUGUCUUAGGUCAGUUAGGAUCACUACUUUAUUUUAAGAAUGUGAAAUGUCAGAAUAAUAGUAGAGAGAAUGAUUUAUUUCAGCUUUUAUUUCUUUCAUCACAUUCCCAGUGGGUCAGAAGUUUACAUACAAUUUGUUAGUAUUUGGUAGCAUUGCCUUUAGAUUGUUUAACUUGGGUCAAACGUUAUGGGUAGCCUUCCACAAGCUUCUCACAAUAAGUUGCUAAAAUUUUGUCCCAUUCCUCCAGACAGAACUGGUGUAACUGAGUCAGGUUGUAGGCCUCCUUACUCGUACAAGUAUUUUCAGUUCUGCCCACAAAUUUUCUAUCGGAUUGAGGUCAGGGCCUUUUGAUGGCCACUCCAGUACCUUGAAUUUGUUGUCCUUAAGCCAUCUUGCCACAAAUCUGAAUGUAUGCUUGGGGUCAUUGUCCAUUUAGAAGACCCAUUUUCGACCGAGCUUUAACUUCCUGGCUGAUGUCUUGAGAUGUUGCUUCAAUAUAUCCACAUAAUUUUCCUUCCUUCAUGAUGCCAUCUAUUUUUUGAAGUGCACCAGUCCCUCCUGCAGCAAAGCACCCCCACAACAUGAUGCUGCCACCCCAUGCUUCACGGUUGGGAUGGUGUUCUUCAGCUUGCAUGCCUCACCCUUUUUCCUCCAAACAUAACGAUGGUCAUUAUGGCCAAACAGUUCAAUUUUUAUGUCAUCAGACCAGAGGACAUUUCUCCAAAAAGUAAGAUCUUUGUCCCCAUGUCCAAACUGUAGUCUGGCUUUUUAUGGCGGUUUUGGAACAGUGGCUUCUUCCUUGCUGAGCAGCCUUUCAGGUUAUAUUGACAUAGGAUUCGUUUUACUGUGGAUAUAGAUACUUGUCUACCCUUAUCCUCCAGCAUCUUCUCAAGCAUCUUCUCAUCUUUUGCUGUUCUGGGAUUGAUUUGCACUUUUUGCACCAAACUAUGUUCAUCUCUAGGAGAUAUAAUGUGUCUCCUUCCUGAGCGGUAUGAUGGCUGCGUGGUUCCAUGGUGUCAAUACUUGUGUACUGUUGUUUGUACAGAUGAACGUGGUACCUUCAGGGAUUUGGAAAUUUCUUCCAAGGAUGAAUCGGACUAGUGGAGGUCCACAAUGUUUUUUUAGAGGUCUUUGCUGAUUUCUUUUGAUUUUCUCAUGAUGUCAAGAAAAGAGGCACUGAGUUUGAAGGUAGGCCUUAAAUACAUCCACAGGUACACCUCCAGUUCAGUACACCACCUAUCAGAAGCUAAUUGGCUAAAGACUUGACAUCAUUUUCUGGAAUUUUCCAAGCUACUUAAAGGCACAGUUAACUUGGUGUAUGUAAACUUCUAACCCACUGGAAUUGUCAUAUAGUCAAUUAAAAGUGAAACAAUCUGUCUGUAACAAUUGUUGGAAAAAUUACUCAUCUCAUGCACAAAGUAGAUGUCCUAAUAUUAGAUGUUUGCUAAUAUUAAAUCUGUGGAGUGGUUAAAAAAAUUAGUUUUAAUGACUUCAACCUAAGUGUAUGUAAACUUCUGACUUCAACUGUUGGUUGACAGUAGCAUCACAUUUAAAUGAAUGCAAAAAGUUUGCUUGAGGUUUCAUUUUGGUAUUAGUCACGCUUGUGAGAUGUGAAUCUGCUUUUUGUACUGCCUACAGUGCUCUUGCUUUUCUAGGUAUUUUCUAUUAGUUUCUGUGCCCCUCUCUGCCUCCAUGUUAUUUAUGUUGGAGUGAUCUCAGCCUUCAAUGUGGAUUUGUAUCAAAAUCAUCAAAUCAGCAUGAAGACUCAGCAGGCCGUCUUACUGCUGUCACGGUUUUAGUACUUUUAUGAUUGCUUGGCAAUCUUACAUUCAUCCAAAUUAAAAUAUACACACACUUGCAGCGUACUUUUGUAAAUGGUACAACUAAUACCAACUGUAACCCCAGCAGAUAAUGUGAGGCUUAAAAAGACCUCAAGGCAACUGUAUUCUGUCUAAUUACACAUUUGUAGAGAGAGGUCACCUAAUCAAGCCCACAAAGACCCACUACAAGGCCUUAAAGACCAUUAAAAGAAAACACAAGCAUUAUGACAGCAUUAUUUUGGGAACAGAAGGGAAUUUAUUAGGCUAAUUUAUUUAGAUUAUUUAAAUUUUCAUUAUUAUGAGAUCAAAUGACUAUUCGACAAUGAAAAUUUGUCAACAAUUUUUUGUCAACGUUGUCGAUAACGUCGACUAAUCGUUUCAGCCCUAUUUCCAAUAUAAAUAUCUAAAACUCCUUUAAAACAACGUACAUUUUCUUUAGCAGCUAUACUGCAGAAGAAAGAAUUGUUAUCAGAGAAUGUUGAAUAUAAUAUUAAAAAUACAAAUAUUUUAAAAUAUCUAAAAAUCCUUUAAAAAAAGAUGCAUUCACCUGAGAAGCAGCAUAUAAGAUACACUAUAUGGCCAAAAGUUUGUGGACACCCCCUUCUAAUUGACGAAUCUUAAUGUUUCUUUAUGUAAUGGCUUGGGCUUUGUGUGCUUCCAAAUUGUGGCAACUGUUUGGGGAUAGCCCUUUUCUGUUCCAGCAUGACAAUGCCCCUGUGAUCAAAGUGAGGUCCAUAAAGAAAUGGUUUACUGUGUCUGGCGUGGAAGAAAUUGACUUGCCUGCACAAAGCCCAGACCUGAACCCCACUGAUCACUUUUGGGGUGAACUGGAACAGCAACUGUAAGUCAGGCCCAUCGACAAACAUCAGUUCCUGACCUCAUUGAUAGCCUUGUGUCUGAAUUAGAGCAAAUCCCUGCAGCCAUGUUACUACAUACAGUAUAGUGGAAAGCCUUCCCAAAAGAGUGGAAGCUGUUAUUACAGCAAAGGGGGAAAUUGAUGCCUAAGGUUUUGAAAUCAAGUGUUCAUCAAGCACAUAUGGUGUCCACAAACUUUUGGCCAUAUAGUGUAUUUAGACUUACUUUUAGAGAAUUGAUCUUGAAUAUAAACAUAUUUUGUCUUUACUGCACUCACAGAAGUAUAACUAAGUGAAAUACUUGUAUACAAAAUACACUUAUGUAAGAUACAUUCUCUUAAAGCAAGUCUAAAUAUCUUAUGUUGAUUCUCAAGUAAAUUUAUCUUGUUUUAAGGAUUUUUAGACAAUUUUAAAUGGAAAACGAGACAAACACUUGAUAACAAUAGGAUUUUUGCAGUGAAUUUCUAUACUGAAUUAAACGUAAGUAUUUUUUCCCCUUUUAUUCAGUGAAUGUCAUUUACAGGUAUUUUAAAAAGAUGAUUUUGUCCUCUAUUGUUAGUAAGCACGUUUAAUAUAACCUUUUAAGUUGGGGCAGAAGCUGAAUAAUCAGUUAAGAGCUAAUGAAUAAUCGUUCUAAUAAUCGUUAGAUUAAUUGAUUAUCAAAAUAAAUGUUAGUUGCAGUCCUAGCUUCAACAAGGCUUUGUUGCACACUGGUCUAUUAUUGUGGUAACAUGAUGGCACAUAACAACAAAGCACAUGCAAGGUGGCGAUUCUCUGCGCCAUCAUGGCCUGCAAAACUAAUUGGUGGGGGUGGGUAAAAAUACAGAUUUUACAGAUGCUCAUUUACAGACGCUCUGAAUGCUUGUUUUGUUUAAGAGACAGUUCCGGUUUUAGUACGUGUUCAACAAAUCAAUGUAAAUACUUGAAAAUAGUAAAAAUUAUGCAUUUAAACAAUAAACAUGUAACAAAAAAUAAUGCAUGAAAUAUAAUGUUAUUUAUUGAUUAAAUACAUGGAUUUGUUUAUAUUUAAUAAACCAAAACGUGACAUUAUGAAACUAAUGAAAUAUAAUAAAUCAAAUUUAUAUUUUCAUAAUGUACCUAGUUAGAAGGUCCCCUGAAUAAUUAGCAGCAUUAGCUUGAAAAUAAUUUUUCAUAUGCAAGCAAAAGGGACAUAUGAAUCAAUAUCAAAUCGAAUCUAGAGUGUGUGAAUUGGAGUCGAAUUGGGAAAUCUGUAUCAACACCCAGCCCUUUUAAUCGGUCAAACUAGAAAAUUUAUCGGCUGAUGCAGAUAAUUAAAAAAUGCCAAAUAUCAGCCAAUUUAUUGGCCUCUGCAAUAUAUCAGUCAACCACUACUUUACAUGUGUCCCCCCAUAUUGUAUGGGGGAAAAAACCAGUGUGAUCAUUAUUUUUUUUAAAAUUAUUUUAUUGUGUUUGUUGGAAAAAGAAAGUUUUGCAGGUUUAGAACAAGAAUACGGGUGAGUAAAUUAUGGCUAUUUUAAUUUUUCUGUGAACAAACCCCUAACUUGCUCCUUUUAACAUUAUAGUCUCACCGUGUGUGUGUUGCAGUAUUAUUGUAGUGUAUAACAUGUAUGUUUAGCAGAUCAUCCUGAUCCUGGGCAGCUUUGGCUCUGUAAGACUAAUCAUAUGAAAAAUGGCUUUUAUUACAGGCACAGAUCUUUUCAGAGCAGAUUUAUGUUCACAAGGCUGCAGGAAGCUGUCAGUAUAUUUUGCAAAAGUAUUAAUGUCUCUAAUAUGACAUGAUGCACUUCUGCACAGUUGUCAAUUGCUCUUAGUGAUGUGAUCUAGCCUGUUCUAGUAACACAGGGAUUAGCUUUGUUAAAGGGGUAGUUCUUGCAUUUCUCGUAUGGAAUGCUAAAGGAGAUGUUAGGCAGAAAGUAAGCCUCAGUGACCAUAACAUUUUCAUUUGAAAAAAAAAAGGUGUAAUGAAUGUAAAUGGUGACUGAUCUAGCAUUCUACCUUACAUCUCCUUUUGUGUUCCACAGGAGAAAGUCAUGUGAGUUUGGAACAGAAACAGUGGAGUUGCAACAGUAGAGUAAAUUAUGACAAAUGUAUUUUGGGUGAACUAUCUCUAAGAAUAACUGUAUUGUAUUUCUAUUUUUGUUAUUUUCAUAAUGUGUAUUAUUUUUUUAUUUUCAUAGAGUGUCAGUUGCUUUUAAAUGACAGUGGAUGUUCUCUUGGAUCUGAACAAAUUUCAAUUCCUUCUCACUCUCUCUCUCUCUCUCUCUCUCUCUCUCUCUCUCUCUCUCUCUCUCUCUCCAGUAUCUCAUUAGUCAUCCUGCACUUUGCUGAACAGCUGACUUAUCCCCCUUCUAGGUCCCAGUCAGGGCUUCUCUUGUUUUCCAAGUUGCACAGAUGCCCUGGAAAUGACAGGCCAAUGAAGCCCUCCACCACCAGCAUCAGAACAGCCUGCUGCCGCUGCUCAACUCUGGGAAUGAGCCGCAGGAUCAAAAGCCUGUUCUUCCCAUCCAUCUUGACCAGAAGCCCCCAGUCAGUACUGCUGACCUCCUCAAGGAUAACAUGGCAAGUGGGGCAGGCGGAGGUGGAGGAGGAGGGGGUGGUGGUGGUGGUCAGGUGGUUGUAAAGAAGGAGCCCAAGUCAAAAACGCCCUUCAUAUGCGGCUACUGUAACAAGGCCUUUCGUGACAGCUACCACCUGAGGCGGCACGAGUCCUGUCACACAGGCAUUAAGAUGGUGUCACGGCCCAAGAAGACGACCACAGCUCCCACCAUGGUGCCUCUCAUUUCCACUGUGCCACGGGACAACAACGGCAAUCACUCCUACAUCUCCACAAUGGCGGGCAUCCUCACCACGGCGACCACUUCCGCAUCCACGGCCACAGGUGUGAUGUCGGCCCUGCCUCAGCAACAGCCAGCCGUACCCAAGAAGCCCCCAAAACCGGUAAAGAAGAACCAUGGCUGCGAGAUGUGCGGUAAAGCCUUCCGCGAUGUCUACCACCUUAAUCGUCACAAGCUCUCACACUCAGACGAGAAGCCUUUUGAGUGCCCCAUCUGUCACCAGCGCUUCAAGAGGAAGGACCGUAUGACCUACCAUGUUCGCUCGCACGAUGGUGGCGUACACAAGCCGUAUAUCUGCUCUGUUUGUGGGAAGGGCUUCUCUCGGCCAGAUCAUCUUAGCUGUCAUGUCAAGCACGUACACUCCACAGAACGACCCUUUAAAUGCCAAGUAACGGCCUGCACAUCUGCCUUUGCCACCAAAGACCGUCUGCGCUCACACAUGAUACGGCACGAGGGCAAGGUUACCUGCAACAUCUGCGGGAAGAUGCUGAGUGCCGCCUACAUCACCAGCCACCUUAAGACCCAUGGGCAGGCCAACUUCACCUCCCCCUGUAACAAAGACUCUAACAGUGUGUGCAACUCUGGCUCAGCCACGGCAGUCACUGCUUCUACUGCAUCCAACACUACGGCCAUGAAUCGCGGCAGCGCCAGCAACCCCGUCACCAUCGCCGCCCAGAUGAACAUCACCACCAACACAGUCAAUAUCACCUCCCCUGUCAGCCUGCAGCACCCGGUCACCAUCACUGCUCCAGUCAACAUCGCCUCCGUCAACAUCCCGGCCACGGCACCGAUGAACAUCGCCCACCCCGUCGCCAUCACCUCGCCCAUGUCAAUGAACAUCACCGGUCCCCUCAACAUCGCCAUGCGACCAAUGGAUAGCAUGUCUUUCCUCUCGCAGGUCCUGCCGUCCUCUCCGCCCUGGUAGAACUGAGCCUGGUCUCUGCACCCUAAAAAAAAGACCACUUCUACUUGUAAACCUCAUGUCUCCUGUUUUAGUCUUCCUCUCCAGCUAUGAGGAAAAAAGAGCCUGAAGGAAUGGCGAGUAUAGUGAAUGUCUCAAUGUAGACAGUCCGCAGCAUCAAGGAAUACGGAUAUCACUUGGAAGUUAGCUGGCACUUUGCGUCUCCUUUGGUCGAUUAAAGGAUAAGCAGAUCCAGAUUGUCUAGAGUGUAGUGAGGACAAAAAUAGUCAUUGCAUGGACUGGAAGACUGACAUGCUGUAUGUUUGGUGAUGUUUCACUUUUCUAGUGCCAGAAAAUCCUUGCCAGUCUGCUAUUUGAAGCGGAGCAGAUUGCCCCCUUUAGAUAGCAUACAUUUGUUAGUGUUAACGGUUCAAGGACUUUGGCAAAUAUUAACUGUGAGGAAUUUAUUUUUGUUACAUUAGCUUGCUUAUCAGUAUUUAAUAGUUUUAUGCAUUUUAAUGAGUCAUGUACAACAAAAGGGACAGUGGCUUCCAUUAAUGGAAGAUUCGUUUUUUUCUUUUGUUUGUUUGUUUUGAGACAAUAUUCUGAAAUGAGGAAAACUAAAGUUUAGUUUUAAAGUUUUUAAAAGGCCUCUUUUCAUUGUAAGCCUUUUAAACUGUAGCUGUGUUAUUAUUUGUAUUAUUAUAAUCAUUACUCUUUAUUGGUAAUCUUUGGAGUUGGUCAUUCCUGAUUGUAAGAUAAUUAAGUUUCAAUAGCUGGGAUAUUCUUCUGCUUAGAGAGGUUGGACAUUACAGUAACAAUCUGAUAAAGUCUUGCACUGAACACAUAUCUUUAUGGUGAUAUUCUUUAGGCAGUAUUAUUUCAGAUAAAAUAUUUUGAAUGUUGGUUGUUAAACCUAUUCAAAUAGAUGCCUGGUCACCUAGUGGCCGACUUCAACACACUGAAAGGUCCAUUUUAUCAUGAAUAUUAUCCUAAGAGUAUUUAGUUUUGUAACCUUGACUUCUCUGCUCUUCCUCUCUGAAGGAUGAGGGCUGUUUUCCUAAGGACCUUUUGCUCAGGAACUUUGCUGAGGGUGUCCCACUUACUCUUGUAGUGCAUAGACUCAUGCCUAACACUCUUCCAAACCUAAUUUUGUACGCUAUUAACACACUAAGUAUUUUUCCCUUUAUUGGCAAACACUGAGACACACUUAAGAGGACAGGGUGCCAAGAACUUCAUAGCUGUUGACAUGGUCAUCCAUCACAGGACUGAAAAGUUAACACAACCUCUGUUGCUUGUUCGUUUACCCCAGUCAUAGUAUAAACCAAAACUGCCUUCAAAUUUUCAGGUUUCUCAUCGUUGACAGCAGCCCUGCUCCAAAUGUUUGACAAUUAGAAAUUCAAAAAGAGUCAAAAUACUUGGACAUUGAUGUUCAUUUUAGUUUUAGACACAUCAAACUUAUACACCAUGUCCUAACCAGCAGCGACCACAUCAAGUAACAAGGGACAGGACAAUAAGUCGAUCACUUGGCUUUUAUUUCAGUGGUCUUGCACUGGGUAUCCCUGCCCAAUGUGAAAUGUCAUUGGUCCAAAAUUCCACUCCUUAUAACUGGACAUUAAAGAUUAAAUAUCUUCUAAAUGGUUGUGAUUUACACAACAGCAGUUUAGCGUUCAGUGUGGGCAUGCAAAUUCCUUGUGAAACUUGACGUAUCACGCCUGGCUAGGACAAGUUGAUAGGCCAUAGCAAAUAUCCCUAAAGUAGGGAUACACUGAUCCGAUACCUGGAUCGGAAUCAGCUCUGAUACUGACAUUUUUACCUGGAUUGGGUAUUAGUCCGACGAGCCCGAUCUAAAUCCGAUACCACAUGUUAGUUAUGGUCAUUACUGUCAAGCUCAAAGAAUGACAUAAAAGAACCUUUAAAGUAGUCCAAAUAACUCAUGCAUUUUAUUCAAAGACUCUUGAAGACAUACAAUAGCUUUGUGCAUUGCAAAAUGCUGUGUUUAAUAAAUAUGCAUGUAUGCGCAGCAUGCUUCCCUGAACGAGUGCCGCUCUGUUGACACAAACGCACAUAAGCACGAGCGACGCGCAAUAUGUGGGCACUCCACACAAACUUCAUCUCAGAUGUAGAUGCUCAAUAGUUUGGUUUGGUUAUAACAUGCAUUGAGAAUGGCACCUGAUGUGUAUUUCACUAGAUGUUGAAUGAGAAACAAAUUAAACUUCUGUGAACUAGUCUAAAAAUACUCUUCUGGAGUCUUCCUGGAGCAAUCCGUCUAAAUAAAAGACCUAAGAAAUUACAAUGGAAAUGUAUCACUAUUGUAUAAUGAUAUUUUAUUAUUAUUAUUUUACAAAUUACAAUAAUAGCAAAUAACAUUUGUAAUUUAACAAAUAAAAAUAAAAAAAUAGUUGACUGGGUUCCAAAAUAUUACUAUGUGAUUGAAAAGUGGACUAAUAUCCAAUUACAAGUAAAUUGAUAAAAAAGAAAAAGAGCGAUCUGAAACCAUUUACAAGUCCAAAUAGAAGUUGAAACAGAAGAUGUGUAAAAGAUAAAUGGCUUCUUUUCUACUGAAGACUUUAAUUGGAAUAGCUGUUAAUUUUGAUACUGCAUCCAGCAGACUGGUUAACAAAAACAAGUUUUUCUUAAUAGGCUGCACAUGUUGUUAUAUAUAUAUAUAUAUAUAUAUAUAUAUAUAUAUAUAUAUUUUUAAAAAAAUUUAUUAAUUUUUUUCCUAUGAUUAAUAUGUGGUUAGAGGUUUUUGUUUCUUUACACAUAAAAAGUGUCCUCACAAUCAGUUCUACACAGUGAGUUAUAGAUAUUCUAAACUCAUUAAGAAAAAAACAACAACAUUGGGAUCGAUGUCGGCCGAUACUGAGAGUUCAGGUAUCAGAAUCGGAUCAGGAGAGAAAGAAUGUUAUCAGUGCAUCCCUACCCCAAAGUAGCUUUUCUCUUGGCUUUCCCCUCCCUUUUGGAUAUCAAAGCAAUAUGCCUUUCUUUGUCCAUCCUGUUCACCCAGCCAGACCUUCGUGUUAUUAAAUGGUGAAACUGAUGCAAGGUAUGUUGUCAUGUCUUGCCCUCUCAUCUGAUGUUGUAUGAGCUUAUGUGAUAUGAUUGAUUUUCAAACCAAGAGUAAAACCAGCUGAAUGUGAUCAUACUUUAAAUAAUGAUGUCAUAGCUACCACUGUCUGGGCAUAAAUAGCCAAAAAAAAAAAAAAAGAGUUCAGUUUGUAUUAACUGACACCCCCCCAGUGUUUCUCAACCUACUAUGACAGUGUUGUCCAUUUGAACCUGGUAGUGAAAAGUUUGUUGUCUUAAACUAGCAUUACAUAGACUUACAUGUAGGGUUGUAAACUCUGAAAUAACUCAAUGUCCUGAACAAUAUUUCCUCCUUUUUUUUUUUUUUUUUUUUUUUUU